CGUCCUCGUCGUGAGUCCUGGGUAACGCCAAGAGCUGGUGGAAAUUGAUUUCUCCUUCAUUAAUCCGCUUAAUUAGGGAAAAAUCAAUUCUCCUUAAGUGAUCAUUAGAAUCUAUUGUGAUUAAAUUUCGCGAGAGACAAGCAGCAGUUCAUGUGAAAGUGGAAGUGCAAAUACAAGUGAAAAGUGGAGGACAAAGUGCGUGAUCGAGAUGAGAAUGAGAGAAUAUCAGGGGCUAGAGAUCAUGUAGAGAAUUAGAAUUGAUUGUAUUAUUUGAAUUUCGCGAAAGUCAUGCGACAAUUCAAGUCGAAUCGGAAGUACAUACGCGAGUGAAAAUAAAUGGACGAGUGUAAAAGUGCAAGUGAUAGUGAAAAGGACUAAAUAAAGAACAGAGUGCUGGAUGGAGACGAGGAUUGGAGCAGUCCAGGAGAUGGAGACGAGGAUCGGAGCAGUCCAGGAGAUGGAGAUCAUGCUGAGAAUUCUGCAACCGAAGGAGAAAACAAUUCCAAGUCCGACGUGAUAAAUAAUGCGCAAAACUGGAAGAAUAAGAUCUUGACAAAUCCUGAAAAUACAAGCUGCCGUCUGAGAUGGCGAGGGAAUUAUUUCUACUGGGUGUUCUGGUGGUGGGACAAGUUGCUCGGUGCUCGUUGGGAUUGAAUGAGGAUCAUGUCGAGUACAUGAGCAGAGAUGAGCAGGAAUCCCUCAAGGAAGAGACACGUGACAUGUUUUAUCACGCUUACAACGCGUACAUGGAUAACGCUUAUCCUGCUGAUGAGUUGAUGCCACUGAGCUGCAAGGGUAGAUAUCGAGGAUCCGAGCCGGACAGGGGAGACAUUGACUCAACUCUUGGGAACUUCUCCUUGACUCUCGUUGACACUCUGGACACUCUGGUAGUCCUUGGGGACUUGGGGGAAUUUGAAAAUGCUGUGAAACUAGUUAUUAAGGAUGUCUCCUUCGACACUGAUGUGAUCGUUUCGUUAUUCGAAACUAAUAUUCGAAUGCUGGGGGGUUUGCUGAGUGGUCACAUCCUCGCUGAAUACCUUCAGACACGAGCAGACAUAAUGCCCUGGUACAGAGGUGAACUCCUGAAGAUGGCAAAAGACUUGGGAUACAAAUUUCUGCCAGCAUUCAAUACAACAACUGGCAUUCCGUACGGUAGAAUAAAUUUGAGACACGGUAUGAAGGGAGUACCAGGAGAAAUGUGCCGUGAAACAUGUACAGCAUGUGCUGGCUCAAUGAUCCUCGAGAUGGCUGCCCUAUCUCGAUUAACUGGCGAGUACAUAUUCGAGGAGAAAGCGCAAAAAGCCAUGGAUGCACUUUGGCGAAUGCGUCACAGAGGCACUGACCUGAUGGGUUCUGUCCUGAAUGUACACUCAGGUGAUUGGGUGAGACGGGAUUCUGGUGUGGGAGCUGGAAUCGAUUCCUACUACGAGUACUGCCUCAAGGCCUAUAUAUUACUUGGAGAUGAGAAAUACUUGGGGCGUUUCAAUCGUCAUUACGAGGCAAUCAUGAAGUACGUGAGUCAGGGUCCAAUGCUCCUUGAUGUGCACAUGCACAGGCCAAACACAAACUCCAAGAACUUCAUGGACGCCCUGCUGGCCUUCUGGCCAGGUCUUCAGGUACUCAAGGGUGACAUAAAACCAGCAGUGGAGACCCAUGAGAUGCUCUACCAGGUGAUGCAACGCCAUAAUUUUAUACCUGAGGCUUUUACCACAGACUUUCAGGUCCACUGGGGCCACCAUCCACUGCGUCCUGAAUUCCUGGAGUCAACGUACUUCCUGUAUCGUGCCACUGGUGAUCAUUACUACCUGGGGGUAGGUCGUAAAGUCCUCAGGAGUCUUCAGACGUAUGCCAGGGUGCCUUGUGGUUAUGCAGCAGUAUCUGACGUGCGAACGAACAAGCACGACGACACAAUGGACUCAUUCGUUUUAUCUGAGACCUUCAAGUACCUCUUCCUCCUGUUUGCCGAGCCCAACGAUCUCGUUCUGGAUCUCGACGAGUUUAUAUUUACAACCGAGGGACACCUUUUGCCCCUAACUCUUGCUGCAGUACGUCCCAAUGUCUCGUCAGAGAUGGAUGUGGAUGUUCAGGUGCAGGAAUUGGACAGAACAUGUCCCAACAGUCUCCACUUGUUUCCAGCAUCUGUGAGGCAACCCCUCAGGAACAUGGUGGAGGACGUCUGUCCCAGGAGAAUUAUCAAGAGGCGACUCAGUGCUUCGCAGUUUCAGGCAAAUAAUCUCGACCACCUCAAGAUCCUAUCCAACAUGGGUAUCACCAUUCUCACUUCUGCUGAUGGCCGAAUUCAAUUGCUUCACACCUUUUCUAAUGCCAGGACUGUUCAGGAUGCUGAGGAGGGGCUUAUGUUUAUGCAGGAAAUGGUGGAACUCAGUCGAAGACAGGCGCAAGACGAGGGAGUGAGACCUCAGACGGUAACUCUGAUCAGGGAGGGCAAGGAGAUGAGUUUUGUCGGUGGUCCUGCCCAGUUUGGGCCCAAAUUGAGGGGAGAAAAGAAAAUCAUCGGGAAACCUGUGCUUGCUGAACCAUCUAAGGCGUGCUCGGAGAUCACUAAUGCCAGAAUGAUACAAGGAAAUAUUGCUCUCGUCUCCAGGGGCAAUUGCAUGUUCGUGGAGAAGGCUAGGCUGGUGCAAAAGGCUGGAGCCAUUGCUGGAAUUGUUCUGGAUAAUACCAUGGGGUCGAGUGCUGAGGGCUCUUCCAUGUUCUCCAUGUCUGGGGAUGGCAGUGCAGAGGGUGACGUCAAAAUUCCUUUCGUUUUUUUGUUCAAUGUUGAAGCCAGUGAGCUUGUCAGGGCUGUCAUUGGCAGCGAGAACGAUGUCAUCGUGACAAUAGGGGACUACGUAGGUGAUGAAAGUCAAUUAAAAUCUCCAGUGGACGAUCAAUCGAUGUUCGAGAGACUGAAAACUUCAGUCAAGGAAUUUCUCUCUCGACCGGUGUCCACUCAGAAGACAGGUGCUGUGGUAUCGUCUAUUCCGAGUCCUCAGGAGCCCUCUGAGGAUGAGGCUGUGGUGUUCGAGAAGGGUCACCUGAGGGCCUCGAUUCUGGAGGGAUACCUGGAGACCCCCAAUCUUUUAGUUCGAUUAUCUACACAACCAAGUACUCCACCACUAGUUGUUCCAGUGGACGAGGUGUCGUCGCUGUUUGAGAGAGCCUGGAGGGCAGUGAAGCAAAUUCUUGUGAAUCAAAUUCACGCGAGUACCAAAAAUCCACCGAACGAGGUGAUACCCCUCAGCCAGAUGAGAGUUUACUACGAUUGGCUAGCGAAGGAGAGGAAGAAUAAGGAGUCAGCAUCCAGCGAGGAUCUCUCACCCCUCAUGAUUAUCAACUGGUUUGUCACUGAACUCAGUGACACUGUUCCCAACCUGGACAUUCCUGGACAUGGAGAUACUCAUCGAGCUCGUGGAGUCUUUCACGGCUUAUGGACAUCUCCUGGAGAACAUUCAGGAUACUCUGAAGAGCCUCAAUACAGAGCUAAAGAAGGUCUCGAAGAGGAAGGAGGAGGAGAGAAGGUAUUAAAGGAGACCAAAGGGAAAGACAGGAAAAAUAGUGGUGAGGUACAGGUGGUCGAGGGUGAAGAGGAAACGAGAGAAAAUCGUGAAAACGUUGAAGAGAAGAAAGACGAACUUUAAUGGCUAGUGUUUUAACGUUUUUCUACGGUUUUUAUGUCGAUGAUUGGUGAUUAUUUAUUAUUAAUUAAUUAUUUGAUUUUUGAGUGCAAGGGCUUUUCAGUUAUCGCGAGUCUAUGUACAUGCAUUUGAUUUUAUUUUGAAAUGUAGGUAGGGAAAUUGUGGUGUACAGAGAAUUUAAAUUCAAUCAGUGUAAAUAACGAUUUAUAUCGAAUAUGUGAAACUGAUAAAUCAUUGCCAUUAAUCUACGACUGUCGACGUAAUUAUAGCUCGUAUAUUUUUUUAUUUGCAGAGGAAAUGGUCUGUAAAUAAUUGAGAAUAAUUAUCUUGUCUACCAUUAGGUGGUUGAGUGCAAUCAGGGGAUGGGGUUGAUGUUGAAGUUGUCUUUUUACGGACAAUUGAUGUAUUCAUGUGUACAAAAUGAAGAUUGCAGGGGUGUCGUGUUAAAUGGUCAGUUCACAGCUUAGGGUACUUACACGGCUGAUUGCUUGAGAAUGUAUUUUUUGUUUAAAUUUACAUUGAAUUUCCAGUUUUUGGCAUUGAAAUUUCAAUCGAGUGACAGCUCUGCU